AUGGCGGCUAACAUGCCGCUCCCUGUCCCACCGCGGACCCCCACGCCGCCUCCUGAAGACGACAAUCCCCCCGUGGGACUAGGUCUGGAGGAUCAGCCGUCCCCGACGAAAUUGGGGUUCAAUGUGAAUGCGCUCUCGCCUAUGUCUGUAACCUUUCCGUCUGAAAGAUAUGGGACACUCGCACCCAGCGACUCGCUCUCACAGAAGGCCUCUCCAAGCACCAUCUACAGCCCCAUGAGCGCAGCGUUUCCUUAUACGCCCGCCAGCGCGAUGAGCGGCGCGAGCGACACAGAAGCACCAUCAGUGAGCAGUGUCGGAGAUGCGCGCAACCCGUUCAACUUUCAGUCGGUCACCUAUAUGCCCAACAAGCCUCAAGGCGUCAAGAACGAUGUUGGCCGACGUCGCGGACACAAGUAUAAGCACAGCAGUGUUUCCCACCAAAUAUUCCUCGAACCUCCACCACGUGCCCCGCUCCAGCUACCUGCGUCCCUCCCCGUGCCUACCUUCAAAGAAUACCGGGCAAGCAUAUCCAAGGAGCAGAGACUCAGGUUGGCAUGGUGCUUCUGUCACCUCUUCGUGGCUGGCUUGGUCGGGUGGGGCGCACACGAAUCGCUCGCUCUCACCGUCUUAUCCCGUCUGAUUUUCUACGAUGCUCUUGGGGCUUUCCUUUGCAUUGCCGUGGACAUCGGCUCAAAUUUUGAGGUCUGGAAGCGGUCGACUAUCCGACAUCCUUUUGGCUUUGAGCGCUCCGAGGUCAUUGCCGGACUCGGAAUGUCAGUUGGACUACUCUUUAUGGGCUUGGACCUGAUUUCGCACGGCUUGACACACGCAUUCGAAGACAAGGGCGGCCAUACCCCACAUCACGCACAUGCACACGAACGUGUCUCCCCAGGAAGCAUAGACCUCGCGGCUCUGAGUGGGAUUAUUUGCACUGUCGUAUCGGCCACGUUGCUCAAGAAUCAUGCCCGCAUCGGCAAGGUUAUGAGGCUCGGAGCUAUUGCUAACCUCCCUUCAGUGCUGAGCAACCCUUCGCAUUUCUUGACCUUGUCCUGCUCGUCUCUCCUACUCAUCCUGCCUCUGCUGAGUAUCCAGAUGUAUGUCUGGAUAGACCGCACUCUUUCAUUCUCCGUCGCAAUCGCCAUGGUCGCACUCGGGUGGGUCCAAGGGUGGUCGCUGGGUAAGAUGCUCAUGAUGUCUUACUCAGGGCCGGGGGUUUCAGCCGUCAUGUACGACAUAGAGACAGAUCCGGCCGUCAGUGCUGUGGAGGAGGCCAAAUUUUGGCAGGUGCACUAUGGGCUGUGCCAGGCGAAUCUACGGCUGCGCGUGCGCAAUCUGGAGGAGAUUGGUCGACUGCGAGACCGGGUUGCGAGCAUGGUUCGGAAUCGGCUGGCCGGGGGCUACGGUGGUGGCGGCGGGCAGAAGUGGGAGGUCUCUACACAAAUCACGCUCGAGAAGGACUGA